CUCAUUGGAUGACAGAAAUGUCUAGCAAGCACCAAUGAAUGGCAGAGCUGUACAAAGAGAUCUAGUCCCUCCCCCAUAUGCAGCGACACAAACUCUACACUCACACUGUAGAGAGAAAGAUGAAACGGAGUGAUGCUACGAAUGAAACUAAAACAAAAAGGUGGAAAUAUGUUUUGGGCUAGAUUUUGGAAUUUUGCUUUGGAUUAAUUUCGUACUGCAAUGGAGGAUAUAGACCGUACUUUGGAUUGCUUCAUUUGGAAAUAAUUGUUGAGAAUAUUUGAUGGCAAAGACAAUGGGAUACCGAGAAUGGAGAUGGAAAGCGGUUUGGUGGAAUCAGUUCUUUCUUCUGUGGACUACAAUAGAAGCACAGACUCGUUACAGCAUCCCAGAAGAACUAAAACCGGGUUCUGUGGUCGGAAAUCUCGCCAAAGAUUUGAGUUUGUCAUUAUCUGACAUGUUUGACCGUAAGCUGCGGGUCGCAUCUGAGUCUGGCGAGCAGUAUUUCAGCGUGGAUGCGGGGAAGGGAGAGCUUGUGGUGAAUGACAGAAUAGACAGGGAAGCUCUAUGUGGACAAAGCGUGAGCUGCGUGUUACCUUUACAAAUUGUCAUUGAAAACCCCUUACAAUUACACCGACUGGAGAUAGAAAUUAAAGAUAUAAACGAUAACUCUCCAGUGUUUCAAACAAAAGAAUUAUCUUUAAAAAUUGCAGAAUCUGCAGCAGUGGGAACUCGCUUUCUUUUGGAAAGUGCAGAGGAUUUAGACGUGGGGGUUAAUUCCGUGAAGUCAUACACUUUGACAAGAAAUGAAUGUUUUACACUAAAAAUGAAGGAUGUUAACCGGGGUAGAGCAGUUCCUGAGUUGGUUUUAGAAAAGCCUCUUGAUCGAGAGAAGAAAGCGUUUUAUCAGCUAAAGUUGACUGCAGUAGAUGGAGGAAAUCCGACCCUUUCGGGUACCUCACAACUUACAAUUAUUGUGCUUGAUAAUAAUGAUAAUUUUCCUGUCUUUGAAAAUAUGACGUUCACAGUUUCUUUGCAAGAAAAUUCUGUGAAGGAUACUUCCAUAAUUAAGAUAACUGCAACUGAUGCUGAUGAGGGACCUAACGGAGAAAUAGAAUAUUUUUUUGGCGCGAGGACACCGGAGUCCGUGUUAUCCAUGUUUGAAAUCCGAUCCUCAACUGGAGAGAUAUAUCUGAAAGGAGACUUAGAUUAUGAAGAAGCAACCUCCUACAAAAUAGAAAUAUCUGCGAAAGACAAAGGGGUUCCUGAAAUGGAGAGUUACUGUCAUUUACAGAUAGAUGUUUUAGAUGUUAAUGACAACACUCCAGAAAUUGUUCUCACUUCUGAACCCCAGCCUGUGCAGGAAGACGCACCAAGGGGCACAGUAGUUGCUUUGCUUAAUGCACGUGAUGCCGAUUCUGGGAAUAAUAGCAAAGUUACGCUGCAGUUAAAUAAAGGUUCUCCUUUUAGUCUUAAAUCAUCAUUUUCUAACAAUUAUGCGCUGGUUACCAGCGGCCCUUUGGAUAGAGAAACGUUUUCAGAGUAUAAUAUCGAGAUAACAGCUACUGAUUCAGGUUCUCCUCCACUUUCAAGCAAAAGAGUUAUACCAGUAUACAUCACUGAUGUUAAUGACAAUCCUCCUGUAUUCACUCAGUCCUCAUAUAAUGUAUAUUUAAAAGAAAACAGAGUACCAGGCUCAAUACUUUACUCAGUUUCUGCUUCUGAUCUAGAUUAUUCGGAAAACGGAAAAAUCACGUAUUCCAUCCUGGAUUCAAAAGUACAAGAUGCUUCUGUUUCAUCUUAUGUUUACAUUAAUUCAGAAAACGGGAGCAUCUACAGCAUGCAAUCGUUUGACUAUGAGAAGCUGAAGGUGUUUCAGAUUCAGGUUCAGGCAAAGGACCAUGGUUCCCCUCCUCUGAGCAGCAACACCACUGUCCAUGUUUUUAUCCUGGACCAGAACGAUAAUGCUCCUGCUGUUAUUUACCCCUCCUCUGCUGCCCUGGGUUCUCUCUCUCAUCAAAGGAUGCCCCGCUCUGCUAAAGCUGGUCACCUGGUUACUAAGGUGACGGCCGUGGACGCUGACUCCGGCCAUAAUGCCUGGAUCUCCUACAGACUGGCGGAGGCCACAGACGCCUCUCUGUUCACCGUCAAUCAGUACACAGGGGAGGUGAGGACUAAACGCGCUGUAACCGAGCAGGAUGACUCCUCUCAGAGGCUGCUGAUAGAGAUCAAGGAUGAUGGGGAACCGGUUCAGUCCGCCACCGCUACGGUGUCCAUCCUGCUGGAGGACGGUCUCCAUGAGCCCAUCUUAGACCUCAGGCAUAAAAUAUCUGAGCCCAGCAAGAAAACUGGCAGAAUUACCCUUUAUUUGAUUCUUUCUCUGGCCUCCGUGUCCGUGCUGUCUCUGGUGACGUUUCUCAUCUUAGCGGUGAAAUGCAUCAGGAGCAGCAGUAGCAGCGGGAGCUGCUGCAUGAGACGAAGCGACUGUGAUGAUUACAAGAACCCCAACAGAAACCUGCAGAUUCAGCUCAAUACUGAUGGACCCAUAAAGUACGUGGAGGUCCUAGGAGGAGACAUGAUGUCUCAGAGUCAGUCCUUCAGGUCCUGCAUGUCUCCAAUGUCAGAGUACAGUGAUUUUACUUUGAUCAAACCCAGCAGCACCACAGACUUUAAAGAAACCCUCAGUGUUCUGGAUGCGUCUUUACCUGACAGCACCUGGACCUUUGAGAGCCAGCAGGUGAGCUAAAGAAUAUCCACUGUU